AUGGAUUCCAACUUGCCUAGGCUGCAGCUUGAACUGUACAAAGAGAUUAAAAAGAACGCUGCCUCUCGGAGUCUACGCGCAGCCUUGUGGAGGUUUGCUGAACUUGCUCACCUAGUGCGUCCACAGAAAUGCAGGCCGUACCUUGUGAAUCUGCUGCCGUGUCUGACGCGGAUCACAAAACGUCAGGAGGAGACUGUGCAGGAAACUCUUUCUUCUUCAAUUCCUAAAAUCAUGGCUGCCCUGGGUCACUUCGCCAAUGAUGGAGAGAUCAAGGUAUGAGUUCAGUACUAUAAAGAAAGAGAUUUAAAACAAAAAAAACCCCAAAGGAAACCACUGUAAACUACGU